UUACAAAGCACGGAAUUUAAAAAAUCUUUUUGCUUUUUAUUGGAGCAUAGUCACAGAAAAAUGGCGGCAACUAGCGACCUUUACAUGGAUUCGCUUCUUUCUGGUUUCGAUCAAAUUUACGAGGAUUUCAAGAGGAGAACCGAAGAGAUUCAGUUUCUGAAAUCAAAUUGGAAUGCAGAAAUAAAAAGAGGAGAGGCUCUUAAAAUCACUUGUGAUUCUCUAAAACAAGAUAAUGCACGGCUUACAAAACUGUACACAGAAUCCUUGAACAAUUUUGCUGAGCAGCUUGAAAAUCAUGCUGAAUGUCAGAGAUUGAAAGAAGAACUCUGGAGAAGAAAGGAUGAAUAUACGAGUAAAGAAGAGGAACAUAGGAAGGCUAUGGAAUUGCUUAAGAAAGACCAUGCAAAGGAAGUUGCGGAUCUAGAGGCUAAAGUCAGAGGUCUUCUACUUGAAAAAGCAACAAAUGAAGCAACCAUAAUUCAGCUGCGUAAAGAUUUAGCAACACAUAAAUCCCAUGCACAAGUGCUAUCAAAGAAGCUGGAUCAACUACAGUCUGAUGAGGAAUCAAAAUAUCUUCUCGAGAUUUGGGACUUAAAAGAUUGUCUGCUGAUAGAACAAGAAGAGAAAAAUGAGUUGACUAAGAAACUACAGGAAGCUGAAAAGGAAUUAUUGAUCAGCAGAACAAAGCUUGGAGAACAACAGCAAGAUUCAGCUUCAAAUCAGCAAGUUGAAACACUCAAGCUGAAGAUUAUGAAAUUAAGAAAGGAAAAUGAGAUCCUCAAAAGGAAGCUUUCCUCUAUGGAAGCGUGUUAGAGGAGUUUGCUCUCAACCAUGGUGAUCAUGAGAAGAAAUGAUAUCAGCAGAAUGAAGUUAAAGAGCAUUGAUGCUUUGACGUUCAGCGUAGCCAUUGAUUAUCAAAUGUGCCCCAAAUUGCAGGUACGAACUCUUUCUUGUUUAUAUGUAUAGAUUUUUGGUUUUAUUUCAUUUUGAGCAUGUUGAAACCUAUUUAUAGGGAUUAGCUACAUUAGAGGAACAAAAUACAUAUAGGAUUGACGAUAUUUUCUAAGAGAAGUUUGUCUCUAUAUAUGUAUAGUGUAAGUAUACUCAAUUUAGCAUGGCGGAUCUUACAACUUAAGCCAUUGCAAUUAUCGUAAAUAUGGAAAAGGUUAAAUUUGCUAUGUAUAAAUUGUGGAUAUAGUACUUGUACUUUAAUUUAGUUAUUUUCGGUCUUUGUAUAUCUAAAAUUUAAAAAUUUUAGUCCUAAUCAAACUAUAGC